UGCAGUAGGUCAUGAGUUGCCAUAGCCAUAGUCAUAGUUGAUCUGAGCGCAGGUAUAAACAAACCAGAGAAGAAGAAGGCAAACAAAAACGAACGAUGCAGAGUCUCCGACGAGCAUCUUGCCGUUGGAUACUAUGUAAGCGGUCAUCAAAAAGCAAUACCCGUACAUAUUCUUCGAAGAAUGUUGUCGACGUGGGGCAGCCAACUGCUGCUUCUCACCCUUGGUUGAUGAAGGAAGGGGAGAUGACACCCGGUUUAAGUAGUGACGAGUAUAUUUCAAGGAGAAAGAAACUAUUGGAGAUUCUUCCAGAGGGAAGUUUGGCAAUAGUUGCAGCAUCACCAGUUAAGAUGAUGACCGAUGUUGUGCCUUACACGUAUCGACAGGAAGCCGAUUAUUUAUAUAUCACUGGCUGUCAGCAACCUGGUGGUGUAGCUGUCUUGGGUCACGAGUUUGGUUUGUGCAUGUUUAUGCCUAAAGCAAGUCCCCAUGAUCUUAUUUGGCAAGGGCAAGUUGCUGGAGUUGGCGAAGCUUUAAAUACGUUUAAAGCUGAACUAUCUUAUCCAAUGGGAAGGUUAGAAGAGAUUCUUUCUAAGAUGAUGAAACGUGCAUCCACACUGUUCCACAAUUUAAAUACAUCCAGUCGGAGUUACAUGGAUUUAGAAGCCUUUCAGAAGGCUGGUCAUGAUGGAAGAGUAAAAGACCUUUCUGUUUACACCCACGAAGUACGAUGGAUAAAAUCAGAAGCAGAACUUAUGCUAAUGAGAGAAUCAGCAUCAAUAGCUUGCCAGGCACUCUUACAGACCAUGUUGCAUUCAAAGGCAUUUCCUGAUGAAGGAUUUCUCUCAGCUAAGUUUGAAUACGAAUGCAGAAAAAGAGGUGCUCAGAGAAUGGCAUUUAACCCUGUUGUGGGUGGUGGGCCCAACGGGACUGUUAUACAUUAUUCUCGGAAUGAUCAGAAAAUCCGAGAUGGAGAUCUUGUCCUCAUGGAUGUUGGUUGUGAGUUGCAUGGUUAUGUUAGUGAUCUCACUCGUACCUGGUCACCGUGUGCCCAUUUCUCCCCAGUUCAGGAAGAACUUUACAGCCUUAUUUUGGAAACAAACAAGGAAUGUAUCAAGCUUUGCAGGCCUGGCAUAAGCAUUUCGGAAAUACACAACUAUUCGGUUGAUAAGAUGCGGAAAGGAUUGAAAGAGAUCGGUGUACUGAAAAAUGAUAAUGCUCAUAAUUAUCAUCCAAUCAAUCCUACUAAUAUAGGCCACUACCUAGGAAUGGAUGUUCACGAUUGCUCUACAAUCAACUAUAACCGUGUCCUGAAACCCGGUGCUGUUAUAACAAUUGAACCAGGAGUUUAUAUUCCAUCUAACUAUGAUGUACCGGAGAGGUAUCGGGGCAUUGGGAUAAGGAUAGAGGAUGAAGUACUUAUUACAGAAUCUGGUUAUGAGGUACUGACUGGAUCAAUACCUAAAGAAAUUAAGCAGAUGGAAUCUUUAGUUAACAAUUAUAGCCCAUAUGGAAUGGAGUCCAACUUCCAGAACAUCAGCAAGGCUGCAUCCAGAGGAUAGUUUCAUUGUUCCAGAUUUACCAAGACUGUAUUUUUUUUAUCAUAUGAUGUUUGCAAAAAUAUUUUGAUAAUUUAUAUUUAGAGCAGUUGUGAAUGGAUAUAGAUUAGUCUGAAAAAUUCCUUACUGCCAUGUAAAAUAAGUGGAUGAGCAAGUAAAUCUAUUGAUAAUUCAAGUAUUAUU